CUCUUUUUGGAUGACAUCACUUCAACAAAACUAAUCUCAUGUAACUGAACCCAUUAAUGGUGGUUUACUUUAUCCACACAUUUAUCUAAGUUACCCAUUCCAUUGGAACUAAACAAAACUGAACCCAUUUUUGUGUGUGAGAUUAUAAAGUACACUUUUGGUUCAAAUAUCCAUUUUACAGCUAUCAAUCAAUCAACAUACUCUAUUAGAUAAUACUACUAGCAAACAUUGUCAUUCUCUACACCCAUUCGUCCCCUCUCUCAUCGUUGCUGCUGAUCUGAAAAUGGAAAGACCAGUGGAGUUUAUUGGUGAUGUCACAGAUAAGAAAGACUUCUGAAAGCUUGCUAUUAGAGUCAAACAGAAAUGGAUUGUUGUUAAGGAUGGGCAAGAACAUGUAGAGAUGAUCAUUGUUGACGCGCGGGGUAAUGAUAUACAAGUACUUAUUCCUACCACAUACAAAGCUACUUAUCACAGAUUCUUAGAAGAAAACACCACUUACACUUUAAGUAACUUUCAAGUUGCAGUCAAUAACUUAGUGUUCAAAGCUUCAGAGCAUAAGUUUUUGCUGAAAUGGACUGGUGGAACUACUGCUGUUGACAUCAAUGUUCAUGAAAUUCCUAUCUCUGAAACCAAAUUCAAGCCCUUUGCUGAAAUUAUUUCUGGGAAAUGGCGACCUGAUAUUUUAGUUAAUAAAUUUCACAAGAUGCGUUAUGGAAAUUUUCAUCCGGUUCAAUUUAACAAAUCAAUGACAAUACCAAUUCUUACCACCGGUUGGCACCAGUUUAGAAAUUCUUAUCACGUCACAUUAAAUCCAUUAAUGUCUUUCACAUUUUUAGAAAAUAGUACCUUUUUAAUCAAAAUUUUCAAUGGUUCGACACCAAAAAAGGAAUAUCCACGUUACCAUAGGUUAACUACUUCCAUUACUCGAGAUCUGACAUUCCAAAUGACAAUUCCAUCUAAAUAUCCAAUGAGUUCCAAAUUGGUGAUCCAGAGUAGUUGCUGUUAUUUGCUGUUGUGAGUGGACGUUCCUCACAUGUGUCUUAGG